UUGUAGCUGAGCCACAAAGAGGGGUUUCAAUGUUGCAUUUCCAAGCGAGUCCAUCCUCCUUAGCCAGUCGAUCGCUGAGUGUUUUUAAGUUCGCAUUGAUUAUCUCAUGAGUGUAACUUUCGCCGUUUAUAACCGGUUAGAUUUUAAAUAUUAAAAACGUAAAUAUAUGUAGAGUGAAAGUAAAAAAUGGAUGAAAAUCUUGAAGAGAUCCGUAAAAACAACGUCCUGAAUCUGCCACAAAGGCCGGCGGUGGAGAUCGAGUUUCAAGACCUGACCUACACUGUGCCACAAGGCAGGAAAGGUUCUAAGCUAAUCCUACGCAGCAUUAGUGGGAAAUUUCGCUCGGGCCAAUUGACCGCAAUUUUGGGGCCUUCCGGGUCGGGGAAAAGUACUCUUCUGAAUAUUCUAGCCGGUUACAAGUGUCGAGAAGCCACCGGCACUAUUUUAAUCAACGGAGAGCCGAGAAACCUUAAAGAAUUUAGGGAGAUCGCUCGAUAUAUUAUGCAAGAAGAUCUUAUACAACCGCUGCUGAGCGUGGACGAGGCUAUGAUGAUCGCGGCGAACCUCAAGCUCGGCAAACACAUUUCAGUGGAAGACAAAUCGAAAAUUAUUUUAGAUAUUUUAGAAUUGUUACGGUUGAGUAACACGAGAAAUACACAUACAAACAAACUGUCAGGAGGGGAACGGAAACGGCUAUCUAUAGCUCUGGAACUGUUGAACAACCCACCUGUACUUUUCUUGGACGAACCGACAACCGGUUUGGACGACUUGUCCUGCUCCCAAUGCGUCUCCCUCCUCAAGCAACUGGCCGCCGGGGGCCGAACUGUGAUAUGCUCGAUCCACACACCAAGUGCCAAACUCUUCUCAAUGUUCGACAAAGUUUACGUAAUUUCGUCGGGACAAUGCACGUAUCAAGGCUACGGCCCGGAGGCGGUCCCAUAUUUAUCAACACUCGGUAUUACUUGCCCCACACAUUACAACCCAGCGGAUUUCAUCAUGGAGGUGUGUUCGGGGGAAUAUGGCGACUGUCAGGACAAAAUGGUGUCGGCAAUCGACAAUGGCCGCAAUGAAUUUAUCAAAGACAGUGUGGUACCGCUGUUUGAGAGCACCUCAAGUAGCCAGAAAAUGGAAAUAUUUGAAAUUGUGUCCAGUAAGGAGGGGAAGAACUCGAGUUGGGACCAAUUUAAGAUAUUGCUGAUGCGAAUGUGGGUGCAGAUGUGGCGGAACAAGAGCUAUUUGUUGCUAAAAGUGGUGCUACAUAUCAUUUUGGGGCUCCUGAUUGGGAACUUGUACAUCGGAAUUGGGGAAGAUGGGUCCAAGACGAUUUUUAAUUUCGGGUUUUUCUUCACCUGUGUUAUCUUCUUUAUGUAUAUUCCCAUGAUGCCAGUCUUGUUAUCGUUCCCUCUAGAGAUACAGUACCUAAAACGGGAACACUUCAACCAAUGGUACAGCAUAGGUUCUUAUUUUUGUGCCUUAACAGUAUCAACGCUACCAGUACAGAUGAUUCUGGGUAGUUUGUACCUCAGUAUGGUAUAUAUUUUCUCGUACCAACCUCUGGAAAUCGAACGAAUAGUACCAUUCUUCGCCAUUUGUUUUUUAACAAGUAUCAUAUCCGAAAGCUUCGGGUUGUUAAUCUCAUCGACUCUCAACUUACUUAAUGGAAUGUUUGUCGGGCCCGUCAUGAUGGUACCAUUUAUAGUAUUCUCCGCUUACGGUUUUGGCGAAGGCUACGCCAGUAUUCCCAUCCUUAUCAAAAUAAUGAUGCGGUUCAGUUAUCUGAGGUACUCGUUCGAGGCCCUAGUCUUAGUCAUGUUGAGGGGAAGAAAGUUGCAAUGUCCCGAAGAAGAGGAAUUUUGCAUAUUUACCGACUUGGAUGAAUUUAUCGAAAUAAUGGCAAUGAAUAAUUCGGUUAUUUGGGUUGAUAUUGUCGCACUUAUCAUAUUUUUGGUGCUUGUUAGAAGUGCCAGCUUUUAUUUAUUGAGGCAGAGGCUCACACCUAACAAGACUUUCAUGGCCUUACAGUAUAUCGGUAGGUUUAUUAAGACGCGAAUGAGCGAAGGUCGUUAAUGACAGUGAUAUAGGUUAGUGUGGAUUUUGUAUUGUUAAUUAAAUAGAGCUUUAUUUUAA